GGGGAGAACAGAAACAGGAAAGACAGCUACACCAUCGGAGAUCCAGAACAGUUCAGCAUAUAUGAGAACUUGGCAGAUGUGACCUAUCUGGAUGACUCCACUCGGUAUGUCUCCUGCAUGUCUGGAUGUCAGCCGGCACAGGAGGACGUGGAGAUGAAGAACAUCGGCAAGGUGUCCAGACCUCUGGCCACUAAAGAUGUCAUCGUGAACACAAGUGGAGUGCACAGAGUGAGAAUAUUGAGACGCCACAACACCGAACCAAUCAUUAAGAAAAGUUGCCUUAUGACAGGGGGGAUAGGGCUAAUUCCGUUCAGCAAAAACGCUCCAAAGCGAAGAGGUGACAAGAAUAAACAGCAGCGUCGUCACGAGUCCUCGAAACCGACGAUUCCCAAAUUUGACCCCAGAGUCGAGCAAUUGGAGGAGGACAACGCGCAAUCACAAAAGACGACAGUAAAAUCGAUGAAGUCGAGCCUGAUCGAGCCGCCAAUUUGGAUGUUAGCCGAAGAAGACUUCGGCGCAUCUCUGAACAGUUCGGCCAAUCGGUGAAUGAAAAACUGGCAUCCUCAGAAACAUAGCUGCACCCAUUAUAUCAGAUAUUGCAUUUUGGUUUUUGAAUUUGUUUGCUUUUUCGAUAAUUGCACUGUUCCUUUCGACUAUC